ACCAGUGCAUAAAGGCAUCUCUCCCUGGUGCCAGGAGGGACACAACCCAUAGCAAAGGACCGGUGCUUUCCACUCCCGCAGGCAUCUCAACAGAUCCCAGAACCGCAGUGGUGGAGGAGACCCGCUGAGGGGGCAGCUGGAAGCUCCCGGAACCUCGCCAAGGGCAAUCUGCCAGGAAUACACUCCUGAGCUCUACCCAUCUCAGCUUCUUCAAAAGGGCUGAUGUUGCAGGGGAGGCUUGCCCAUCUGCUCCCUGACCGGCCACCAGCUUAGCCCUUUGAAACUGCCAUCAGGCAGGAUGAUGGAGAAAAGACAGGCCACCUUGUCGCCCCCUCGCGGAGUGCUGCGUUCGUCCGGCCUGCAGAACGCCCACAGCAGGUCACGAGCAGCAGAAGGCGUGGUGGCUGCGGUGGAGGAGCGACACAGCUGCCAACAACUGGCGCAGCUGCUGAGCUGCGCUCCGGGACCAGCAAGUACUCAGUCCAGGUACAGCCCCUUCCCCGUGACGUCUCUGCAGCGGGUUAUAAAAGCCUAGUGCGCACCCUGCCAAGGCUCCGCUAACUCCUGAGCCCAGAAGGUCCAACACCGAGAAGCUGAGGGUGGCAGUAGAGGCUUCUAGCGAAGCAACCAAAAGAGAGCUCACCAGCUGGAUGCAGACUUCAGAACCCCGGCCAGAGAACCAGAACUUUUACAAGCAGCGCUGUGAGCAGCCCUUCUCCCCCCUCAAUCCCCGACUCAGCACCCAGCUUUGCCUUUCCCGCCGCACGCACGCACGUUAGUGGGAGUUGCUAGCAGCAGCAGGUGCAGAAAGGCGAGUUGUCUUGCCUGCUGGAACUGUAUGGAGUGCAGCUGCUUUACCGCAAACAAGAGCCUAGCGUGAAAGUGGAGGAAUUUAGAGCGACCAGGCAAAGAGCAUACACAGGAAGAAGCAUUGCUCUUGUGAGCAAGUCUCUUGCUAAUCAGGACUGAGUUCUGCCCAAGAAACUUCCCACCUUCUGGGUGGCAGGACCUCAAGCUUUGGGCAUCUGGAACAAGGUCUUAAGGCAAGGAGAGGUGCGCGCGCGUGUGCGUGCGUGUGUGUGUGUGUGUGUGUGUGUGUGUGUGUGUGUACCUCCUCUGUGUGUACUUGUGAGUACCUGUAGACGCCAGGGCUUUGCUGCCUUGCCCUAAAAUGGAUAACGUCCUUCCUAUGGACUCCGACCUCUUCCCCAACACUUCCACCAACACUUCUGAGUCUAACCAGUUUGUGCAGCCUACCUGGCAGAUUGUCCUUUGGGCAGCCGCCUACACGGUCAUCGUGGUGACUUCCGUGGUGGGCAACGUAGUGGUGAUAUGGAUCAUUUUGGCCCACAAGAGAAUGAGGACAGUGACCAAUUAUUUCCUGGUGAACCUGGCCUUCGCUGAGGCCUGCAUGGCUGCAUUCAAUACGGUGGUGAACUUUACCUACGCAGUCCACAACGUGUGGUACUACGGCCUCUUCUACUGCAAGUUUCACAACUUCUUCCCCAUUGCUGCUCUAUUCGCCAGUAUCUACUCCAUGACAGCUGUGGCCUUUGACAGAUACAUGGCCAUCAUUCACCCUCUCCAGCCCCGGCUGUCGGCCACUGCUACCAAAGUGGUCAUCUUUGUCAUCUGGGUCCUGGCUCUCCUGCUGGCCUUUCCACAGGGCUACUACUCUACCACAGAGAACAUGCCCGGCAGAGUCGUGUGCAUGAUUGAGUGGCCAGAGCAUCCCAACAGGACUUACGAGAAAGCGUACCACAUCUGCGUGACUGUGCUGAUCUACUUCCUGCCUCUGCUGGUGAUUGGGUAUGCAUACACUGUAGUGGGGAUUACACUGUGGGCCAGUGAGAUCCCCGGCGACUCCUCUGACCGUUACCAUGAGCAAGUCUCAGCCAAGCGCAAGGUGGUCAAAAUGAUGAUCGUGGUUGUGUGUACCUUCGCCAUCUGCUGGCUGCCCUUCCACAUCUUCUUCCUCCUGCCCUACAUCAACCCAGAUCUCUACCUUAAGAAGUUCAUCCAGCAGGUCUACCUGGCCAGCAUGUGGCUGGCCAUGAGUUCUACUAUGUACAACCCCAUCAUCUACUGCUGCCUCAAUGACAGGUUCCGUCUGGGCUUCAAGCAUGCCUUUCGCUGCUGCCCCUUCAUCAGUGCUGGUGAUUAUGAGGGGCUGGAAAUGAAAUCCACCCGAUACCUCCAGACCCAGAGCAGUGUGUACAAGGUCAGCCGUCUGGAAACUACCAUUUCCACUGUGGUGGGAGCCCAUGAAGAUGAGCCAGAGGAAGGCCCCAAGGCCACACCUUCAUCCUUGGAUCUCACUUCCAAUGGCUCCUCUCGAAGCAACUCGAAGACCAUGACAGAGAGCUCUAGCUUCUACUCUAACAUGCUGGCCUAGGCAGCAGGGCACGACCACUAGCCCAUCUUGUGUUGUUUACUCAUGGAAAUCUUUGAUUUGGAAUUUGUUGGAAAUACCCUAAGGCUGGAGCUUUUGGGGAAGGGACACAAUGGUUCAAGGAAAAUGUUCCAUGCUGUAUUCAAUCUGGAUUUCUUCCUGUCUUUGUUAAUCAUCCUCCAUGCUGGUGACCCAAGACAGAUCAGUGAACAUCUAUAAAAUGAGAAGGCUAUCCUCAAUUUUUCCCUGCAGUUCAUCCCUCAAUUUCUGAAAUGACUUCAUCUGCAUGCAAGGUGCUUAUCUGGGGAGGAACUCUGCAAGGCAACAGACCUAUUUGCUUGGAGCGCCAUUCUCAGCCAUGUGCAGACUAGCUCACACCACUCCAGCCUCCCACAGGACAGUGUGAGCAAAAGAAGGUGCCACCUAAAGAAAGCUCUAUCCCCAAAUAAGCACACAUGAAUAGAGGACACAUCGUUGUGACAUCUUAGUGUUUCAGUUCAUUUAAACAUCAUGGGAUUGACACAAUAUUGGAUUCUGCUGCAUUGUGUCCCCAGUGCAACCAACUCCAACUGAAUAUGUCUACACAAGCAAGCUGAUGUUCUAACCAAGAAUCAGAAGAUCCCUGACAGGCACUUAACCUAUCUGAGACUCUUUUCCUUCUUUGUAAAAGCAACAGAGCUGAACCAAACACUCUAAGGAACCCUUCGAGUCUCAGUGUUCCUGGUUUAAUGAUGUAUAUACUUCAUUCUCUCUCUCUCUCUCUCUCUCUCUCUCUCUCUCUCUCUCUCUCUCUCUCUCUCUCUCACACACACACACACACACACACACACACACACACACACACAAAUAAAAAAAAGCAAUGGCAGCAUCAAAAAUACCAGGUGUGUUAGUCCCUAGAGAUGGAUGUAUGUAAAUAUUCUCCCAUUGGUCCAAAAGCCCUGCUUCAAAAAUUCCUUCUCCAGUAAAGUUUGACAGAGCAGAGGACUUCACAGAAAAACUUGGACAUCUCUAGCAGGCUGAUCCCAGUUCUGAGAGCAGCAUUGAGGGGGAUAAGAGUGUGGACCUCCUGCUCUGGCUGUUGGAGUCUUUGUGCGUAUUCUUUGCUUUUUGCUGCACACAGUGGAGAGGAGGGAGGCUGCCCUCCACAGCUACACUCCUGGAAAGAAGAGCCUUGCCACUUCUCUCCAGACUCUGAACCUUGCCCUCCUCUCCACCGUGCUGAUCUCUGUCUAUAAGAAGUUGAAGGAUCCACCAAUCCAAAAGGACACUUAGUCCGCCAAGAGCCAAGAACUGAAAGCUUCACACCCUGAUAUGGCUUCAGGAUCCCCAGCAGGUGAGCAUGCUGUUUCUUUCUGUCUCUCAGAUGUGACUGGGAGCCAAAGCUUCAUGUGACAUCCAUGUAUAUAUCCUCAUGGUUCAGAUAAUUGGAUGCACAAAAGCUCUGUCCAGCAUGUCAGGGAGAACAAGGCCACCCACCACCAGGAUUUAUAACUUCGAUCAGCCUUGUUGGGUCUCACCCUUCGAGGGCAUCUGCAUACCUGGAGAAGGCAAGAAUUAUAUAGAAAUAAUAUAAGCCAGGGGAAAAAAAGAAAUGAGAAGCAUAUUCUACAGCGCAUCAUGGGAAGUUUUAAUAAACUAAGUAAAGGCUGCUGAAUGACAACCUAUGAGUUGAAAAUGGUGUAAGAACAAUAAAAGCCAGUGCCCAAAUUGUAUAUUAUACUUCCAAGAAGGAAUCUUGUUAUGUAGGGAUGUAAAAAAAAAAAAAAAAAUGUGGCUAUGAAAAGUACCAGGAAGAAAACAUUCAGUAUGGAGGACCUCUCAUCCACAGAAGAGAAGGUUAGGGUAAAGUUGGCAAGGAUUUAUGGAGUGUCUGCUCUGGACUUUGCCUGAACUGAGGACACACAGCUCCUCCCACCCUGAGGAGAUUGCUGUCCUCCCAUUCCUGAGGCACCAGUCUUGGUGAAGCCGGCACGCUCACCAGGCAUAGAGGCAUUGAAAAGCAGAUUCCUUCUAAGAUUUUAAAAACUGACUUUUAACUUGGAUUCUCAAACCAGGGGGUGGGGCUUUCACCUCUGAAAUGGAAAUUCUCUGAGGUAACCCUGAAGGGAGCCACCAGUCAGCCCCAGGGACCUAAAGGACUGUGAUGAGGAAUUUCACUCUAUGUGUAGUAUGAGCGAAGAUGAGGCUUCAUGGACAUGCCGAAGCAUCCUUCAGAGAGGACCAGCAAGCUUCCCACUGCCCCUGCUCCCAAGACCAUUUAACUUGUAGAAAUGUUGUCAAUUCUUGUUUGUGAGAACACUGUGAUUUGUGCUCUGUGCAUGGGUCUCUUAUUGAAAUGUGUCACCCUGUGUUUAUCUCCUGAGUUUUCUUGAUGUACCCUCCAGUAUCGAUAGGCUGGAGAUACCCUGGGGCCAUCCUUUCUGCAUUCCCUCCAAUCUGUGGGAUCCCAGUUCCGUUGCUCCUGUUGGGCCAGGCCUCCUCCUGCCACUGUUCUUUCUUGGAGAGGAGCUCUGAAGCCUGCCUCAUACUCAGUGAAACUGAAGGCUGUGGAAGGACCUUGAUGGGAAGAACACCCUGAGCCCUUCAGCAGAAUGCUGAGACAAAGGGCUGAGUGGAAUUCUGGGAAAGGAGAGGACACGGGUCUGGAGAAAAGAGUGUACAUAGAGAGGGGUCAUUCCUGAGGCAUCUGUGUUUGGGGCCUGGGAUCCAGCAAAGUAAGUCUCACUAAAAUAAAGUAUGCUUUGGCUAUCUCA